CAGAAAAUCUGACACCUCUUUAACCUCACUCAGAAGGGAGAUGCCCUAUGCUCGUGGUUAAUUAAAGAGGUGGAGCUACUGCCUUUUGUUUUGGCUUCUGAAUUCACUUUUUGAAAGAAACCUCUGCCUCCCUCUCUCUUCCUCUCUCUGUCAAUGCCCAUUAAACUCACUGUCAGGUACACAAUCCUGUGUCUGUUCUUGUUUUUGUAGAUACACGACAAUGGAGAGAAGAGUAUCCGAAGAAUCAGCGCCGUCGAUGAAAUUGUCUCUCGGGAUUGGUGCCGGUGAUCAUGGUGAUGAUGAUCAAGAUGAUAGACACGUGUUCCCACAGUUAACAGAUACUCAGUUGCAUGAGCUUAAACAGCAAGCUUUGAUAUUCAAGUACAUAGCAGCUGGUCUUCGCGUGCCUCCUGAUCUUGUAGUUCCCAUUUGGCAUAGUGUUGCUAGCAGCUCUCUUGGGUCAUUUAGUGGUGUUGAUAUUUACAGGCAAUUCCCAAGCUUUGUGGGAUUAAGUCCUCAGGGAUUUGAUUAUAGACAAAUGAUGGAUCCAGAACCUGGGAGGUGUAGAAGAACUGAUGGGAAGAAAUGGAGGUGUAGCAAGGAUGUAGUUGCUGGUCAGAAGUAUUGUGAACGCCAUAUGCAUAGAGGCCGUCAACGUUCAAGAAAGCUUGUGGAAGCUUCUCAAACUGCUGCUGCUUCUGAAAAACCAUCACCUCACAAUUCAAGCAAGAAUUCAGACAAUUCAACCACUCAUUCUUCUACUUUAGCCAAAGUAAGUUCACAGAUAAAAGCCCCACCUCUUGAUAAUACCCCCGCCAUUUUAACCACUUGCACCACAAGUUGCAAUUCUGACAUUGAAAUCACUGGCAUGAGCUUGACCACUACUGCUAAUGCUGACCGCAAAAACCCCUUUACAACCAUGACUACUAGCAUUGUUACCAGCUACAAGAACACUGCAACUAUGAUCGCUAGUGCUGUUCAUGCUGACAUUACAGCCACUGGUAACGACUACAAGAGUAGCAUCAACUUAAAGAGACACUACAUUGAUGACAGAAACAGUAAUUGCAGCAACUCUGUUACUUACAAGGGUAUAAUAGACAAAAACUGCAGCAACAAAAAAAUAAAAAAUGCUGGUAGCAAUAUAUCUCAAGGAUUGAACUUCUCCCCGAAGAGUGUUCUUCAAGUUCAAGGUUGCGGUGCCUCACACAUUUACAUGAAUGAUGUGGAACUUGAACUGGGAAGGUGUAGAAGAACAGAUGGAAAGAAGUGGCGAUGCCGCAGGGAUGUUGUAGCUAAUCAGAAGUAUUGUGAGAUGCACAUGCAUCGAGGUUCUAAGCAGCACUUGGAAGCUUCCAAACCUGCUGCAAUUCCUGCUACCAUCCCAUUUGUCCCUGGGAAUGUUCAUUCAUAUCCUACAAUGAACUUGCCAAAUAAAGCAGAUUGCAGAAGCUUAAACACCGAUCUCUGUAUUUCUAUCCCAACAAGUCCUCAACUGAUCAUGACCAAUGAUGAUACAAGAACUAUCAGCAAUAGCAGUGACACUACCAUAAGCGACACCAUGGUUGGUACCUAUCAAAACAAAAACCUUUCCUCUUAGCUUUUUAUUUGGAUUAUGUUGAGUUUGUUUGGAACCUUCCAUUAUCAUAUGAGAUCAGUUUUUUGGUGUUCUACCGAGGAAACAAGGAUUGCCUUUGUUUUUCCGUUGUAAUGAGAAAUUGUGUAAUCAACGAACACCUCAUGGUGUGGUUUGUUAUAUUACAUGUUGUAACCACGCUUAGCUCGACUAAUUGGUUC